AUGUCAGCUCCUGCCGAUACAAAGCCCCAGGUUGAGAAGAAGCCCAAGGCUCCCAAGGCUCCCAAAGCCAAGGAUGCUAAUACUAGCGCUUAUCCUCUUGAGAUUACUCCUACUCCCGAAUUUCUCCAACAUCGUAUCGACAUGUUUGACAAGUUAAAGGCUGCUGCCGACGCCGAAAUUGCUCAAAAGCCUCGUGAACCUAUCACCAUUACUUUGCCUGAUGGCACUCAAAAGGAAGGUACCUCUUGGGAGACCACUCCCUUAUCAAUUGCUCUUGGUAUUGCCAAGUCUCUUGCCGAGCGCACUGUCAUCUCCAAGGUGGACGGCGAGCUUUGGGAUUUGACUCGUCCUCUUGAGGGUUCUUGUAAGUUGGAAUUAUUGGACUUUGAAAAUGAUGAGGGUAAGAUGGUCUUUUGGCACUCUUCUGCCCACAUGUUGGGUGAGGCCUGUGAACGUCAUUACGGCUGUAACCUUUGUAUUGGUCCUCCUUUGAAGGAAGGCGGUUUCUACUAUGAAAUGGGUGUUGAAAAUCGUGUUGUAAGUCAACAGGAUUAUGCCAACCUCGAAAAAUUGGUCAGUCAAGUUGCCAAGGACAAGCAAAACUUUGAGCGUCUUGUCAUCUCCAAGGAGGAUAUCUUGGAAAUGUUCAAGCACAACCCUUACAAGGUCCAUAUCAUCAACGACAAGAUUCCCGACGGCACCUCCACCACUGUCUACAGAUGUGGUCCCUUGAUUGAUUUGUGUAGAGGUCCUCACGUUCCUCACACUGGCCGUGUCAAGGCUUUCACUAUCACCAAGAACUCUGCUUCCUACUUUUUGGGUGAUGCCAAGAACGACUCUCUUCAACGUAUCUAUGGUAUCUCUUUCCCUGACAAGAAGCUCAUGACUGAAUACAAAAAGUUCAUUGAGGAGGCUGCUAGACGUGAUCAUCGUAAGAUUGGUAAGGAGCAAGAGCUCUUCUUCUUCCAUGAAUUGUCUCCUGGCUCUGCCUUUAUGCUUCCCCAUGGUGCUCGUGUGUACAAUGCUCUGAUGAACUUGAUUAAGGAUGAAUACCAACACAGAGGCUUCACUGAAGUCAUCACUCCCAACAUGUUCAACCUGAAGCUCUGGAAUCAAUCUGGUCAUGCUCAAAAGUACAAGGAAAACAUGUUCUGCUUUGAAGUUGACAAGGAGGAAUUCGCCUUGAAGCCCAUGAACUGUCCUGGUCACUGUUUGAUGUUUGGACACAAGGAGAGAAGUUAUCGUGAUCUCCCUGUUCGUUUUGCUGAUUUCGGCGUGCUUCAUCGUAACGAAUUCUCUGGUGCUCUUUCUGGUUUGACUCGUGUCCGUCGUUUCCAACAAGAUGAUGCUCAUAUCUUCUGUCGCACAGAUCAAAUUGAGGAAGAGAUGGCUGGUUGUUUCGACUUUUUGAACGAGGUUUACGGCAUCUUUGGCUUCGAUUUCCAUUUGAAGCUUUCUACUCGUCCCGAGAACUACAUUGGCGAACUCAGCGUUUGGGACAAUGCUGAAAAGAUGUUGGAAGAUUCAUUGAAUCGCUUUACCAAGGAAAAGGGUACUUCCUGGGAGGUCGAUCCUGGAGAUGGCGCCUUCUACGGUCCCAAGGUGGAUAUUACCAUCUCUGAUGCCCUCGGUCGUAAGCAUCAAUGUGCCACUAUUCAACUCGAUUUCCAAUUGCCUGAACGUUUCAAGUUGGAAUACCGUACUGAUGGUUCUGAAGAUGCCAUGGCUCGUCCUGUAAUCAUCCAUCGUGCUAUUCUCGGUUCCGUUGAGCGUAUGAUGGGUAUUGUUAUUGAACAUUUCGCUGGUAAGUUUCCCUUCUGGUUGUCUCCUCGUCAAGUUCAAGUCAUCCCUGUUGCUGCUGCCUUCAAGGAUUAUGCAAAGGAGAUUGUUGACAAAUUAGUUGCUCUUGGUAUUUUCGCUGAUGCUGAUUUGUCCGACAAUACCCUUAACAAGAAGAUCAGAAAUGCUGAAAUUGCUCAAUACAAUUUCAUUUUCGUUGUUGGUGAAGUGGAGAUGACCACACGCUCAGUCAAUGUCCGUAACAGAGAUGAUGUUGGCACCAAAGCCAAGGGCCAAACCAUCCCAUUGGAGGAUGUUAUCAAGAGUGUUCAAAAAUUGAAGGAAUCCAGAAGCCUAGAAAAUAAGCUUUAA